GCUUUCGAUAACCUUAAGCAUCCAAUGUGUAAUUGCUUUAUGCGGUCUGCCAUACUGCCUCGCCCUACCUGGACCGCCUACCGCCAAUUCACAUCCUGCUUCUCUGUGUUUCUGCCAGCCUCCGACCCCCGUAAGCAGCCAAGCCAGUUGCCGUUCGUCCGCCAGAGAUCUGCAACGCGUCCGUCUGGCAGAAUAGCUGAUGGAAGGCUUUAUUCACAAAAUCAUGAAUAAAUUUUGAUUUAUUAUUCAUAUGUAUUUGAUGGAAGGGCUUUGGCAGUUUAUGUUUUGAACCCAACCUGAUUUAAUCUAAUGUAUUCGAUUUUCAUCAUAUAUAGAUAUAUAUUAGCAAAUUAUAUUUUCGUUAUAUAGCAAUAUCGAAGAACAGCGGAAGCAAACCCUAAUUUGUUGGAAAGAUCAGAUGGAUGCAAAGGACAUUUUAGGGCUACCGAAGAAUUCACUGUCCAUACCCCAAGAAAAGAAGUCUAGACCUCCGAAAGAGUCUCAACGCAAACCCGAUGGCAUUUCACGAGAAGUUUACGCCCUUACAGGAGGUCUGGCACCUCUCAUGCCUGCUAUUGAUAUCAAUCAUUUGAAAAGACGAACACAGGCAGAGAAUGAAAAGAUUACAUGGCAAUGGCUUCCUUUUACAAAUUCUGCCCGAAAUGACAAUUUGCAACUAUACCACUGGGUGAGGGUUGUAAAUGGUGUUCUGCCAACAGGCGAUUAUUCCUUUGCUAAGUAUAACAAGUCAGUGGAUGUGAUUGAAUAUACAGAUGAGGAGUAUGAGAAAUAUUUGACUGAUCCCAUGUGGACCAAGGAAGAGACAGGCCAAUUAUUUGAGUUGUGUAAGAGGUUUGAUCUACGGUUCACUGUGAUAGCCGAUAGGUUUUCAUCGUCACGUACGAUUGAGGAGCUUAAAGAUCGUUAUUAUACUGUAUCUCGAAUUGUCUUGAAUUCAAGGGCUGCAUCUUCUAUUGAUGUUGCUGGGCAUCCUAUUAUUAAGGAACCAUACAAUAUGCCUCAAGAGAUUGAAAGGAAACGUGCAUUGUCCAUGGUACUUUCGCAGACAAAGCAUCAAGAGCGCAGAGAUGCAGAGGUCCUUGCUGAAGCAAAGAAAAUAAUAGAAUCCCGUAAAGUUGCAAAGGCUGCUGAAGAUUCAGAGCUACCAAUCAUGUCAGAUACUUGCCCAGAAGGUUUGGAUAGGGCCAUUAAUGUUGAUCCUGUCUCAACUUCCCCAAAUGCUCAAUUUCCCUCUGGCACAAGUGCUGCUCCAAUAUCAGAAACUGCUUCUGCUUUAGCUUCUCUUCACAUGUUGGGGGUAUACUUGCGUACAUAUGCGCUAGAACAAAUGGUGCAAGAAGCAAGCUCAUCAGCUGGACUACGGACUAUUAAGCGUGUUGAGCAAACUUUACAAGACCUAGGGGUUAAUUUGAAGCCAAAAGUCCCAACUAAACUUGUAUGUGCUGAGCAUCUUGAACUUAGAAAAGAAAUUUUGACCCUUUUGAAUCUUCAGAAACAGUUGCAAUACAAGGAGGCCGAAGGUUCAUCUUAUCGUGAUGGUUCAUAUUCUGAAACUCCUGGUUCACCGCCAAAGCGGUCACAGCGUGGAGUUGAUCAGGACCGAACAUUCAUUCCUGACUUAAGUUUUGGAGGGGAAAGAGUUGGUAAAAGGGAUCAAAAACGGAAGACACCUGGAACACCCAAAUUUGAAAGCUCACCAGCAACCUCAAAACGGCCACGGAAGUUGAAAGCUUCAGAUGGAUAGGCUUGGCAGGAGCACUGCCUUUCUGAGAAUGUUUCCUCGGGUGUUGUGGUGUGCUUAAGCUCUUGAAUUGGUUUUAGCAAAGCAUUUUAGAAUCUAAUGCUUUAUGAAAUGUGGAGUCUGCUUUUUGUUCCUGCAUGGGUGGUGAAAGCGCACUGGCACAUCUCUGAAUCUGACAAGUUAACAUUUUUAAGUUUCAGCUAUCUAAUCUAAUCUGUAUAUUCCCGGAAUUAACGGAGUAUUUCUUAAGUUAACAUUUUAAGUUUCAGCUAUCUAAUCUAAUCUGCAUAAUUUAUCCGAUAAAUCAUUUAAGUAA